UGCCGGUGCUGCUGGGGAGCUGUUAGUGCUGUCUCUCUGGGAAAUGGGGAGACUUGUGGCACUGCCCGGGGUGCUGCUCCUGCUGCUGGGCUACGUCCAAUUGCAGAACGUGGUUGUGACGCAGUCCCCCGCGGCGGUAAAUACCGGCUCCGCAUCUGUCAACCUGACUUGUAAUGCAACAAAGGGCCAAGGAAGUGUGUGGUGGAUGUGGGAAAAAGAAGAUUUCACUACAUAUAACAUCAGCUUCUCUGAUGGAAAUACAACUCUUCAGAUAAAUCAGCCCAACAAGACGCACAAUGGGAAAUACAUAUGUUUUUGGAAAAACACAAGCCUAGCGUGGGGGGACUACGCACUCUAUGUUUAUUACAAAGUGGAGAACGUGGUGGUAUCUACAUCUUCUGGGAAUGUGGUUGAGGGUUCCACUCCAUCUCUCAACCUGACCUGUAAUUCAUCUACGUUGUGGGAAGGAACCAUAACUUGGCUGUGGGAGGGGAAAACUUUGGAUAUUCUGGAUAACAGUUCAAGGUUGUUGGAUGGGAAUCAAACUCUUCAGAUUAAUCAGCCCAACAAGACACACAAUGGAAACUACACAUGUGUUAUUACCAACCCAGCCAGCAAUGGGACGGGCACUUACAGACUCUAUGUUUAUUACAAAGUGGAGAAUGUGGUGGUAUCUACGUCUUCUGGGAAUGUGGUUGAGGGUUCAACUCCAUCUCUCAACCUGACCUGUAAUUCAUCCGCGCCGUGGGAAGGAACCAUGACUUGGCUGUGGGAGGGGAAUCCGGUGAACACUGUGAAUACCUCUUACAGCUUGUUGGAUGGAAAUGCAACUUUGCAGAUUAAUCAGCCCAGCAGGUCAAACAAUGGAAAUUACACAUGUGUUAUAGCCAACCCAGCCAGCAGGGGGGAAGGAUAUUAUACGCUUACAGUUUUAAGGCUUCUCCCUACAGCCUUCAGCCCUGGGACCUUAGCCGGCAUCAUCAUUGGCUCGGUGUUGGGGGGAUUGCUGCUCAUUGCCCUCAUUGUACUGAUCGUAUGCUGUGCAUGGCGGAAAGGUAAAAAAGAAAAGUGGCCCAAGUAUAAGGAUGCCCCUCCCACAGUGUCGGGUCAGAUAACACACAACGGGUGGAACACACCAACGGGUGCCUAUGCUAGGUGGGAAAGAACCACUCAGUCUUCUCAUGGUAUGGGCCACAAGACAAGUAUUCAGAACAGCACCUCAGUCAUACCCCAGAAACAAAAAAGCCAAACGGCGGUAUGACCUGCCUUCCCAGGAGCUGACUUGUCUUUCCAAGAGGCUGACCUUGUCAGAAGCUGAGGCCUACCUUUACAGGGGGCUGACUGACCGCCUCAAGGAGUUUUAGUGCCUUUCCAAUAGAAAGUCCUAUUUCAUUGUUGAAUUGGUCAGAGCUUGGUCAGGCAUACCCCAGAAUAUAAAGCCUAUUAUGUAGGUCUGAUAUGCUUUCCCAGGAGAAGACUUGCCUGUCCAAGGGGCUGGCUUGGUAGAAGUUGGCUUUGAGAGGAAUUUUGGAUUGUUUCUUUGAACCCAACUGAAGAACCCGGUAUGGAUUUCAGGAGUAUAGAAUAAUACUCACAUUCUAAACAUAUUGCCCAAGAGCCCAGGUCUUUCUAUCAGCAGCUACAACUGACAAAUGGACAUUGUUUUUGGUAAAGGAUACAGGACAUUGGGGUUCAGCUGAUAAUCAGCCUUGUCUGUGCUAUGGGGAUUGGCUCUAAUACCCACCAAUAACCAUUGUGUAAUGUAGAGAAUUGUAUGACUGUAGGUUUGUCCAGUACUUUGCAUUAUAAGCAGCGCUAGCCCUUUUGGGAUAGAAUGGUGCAAACAUUAUGAGAAAUGACAAAUAACAUUUUUAGUUUCCUAUUUUGCCAAAUGAGUUUGGUUAACGUUUGGGCAGGUUUUUUAAUAUAAGGAUGUUUCAACAGUAUGGGAAGAUUUACGGGAGAAUAGGACAUUUUAGGAAAUAUCAGCAUUGUAAUAAAAGCUACCCAGGGGCGGACAGUUUAACCACUUUUUGUAUUAGGGUUCAAUAAGUUUAAUAAGUCGUUACAUUUAAGGAAUAUAUUCUAGAUAAAUCAGAUGGAAUUUUAAAUCCCAAUGAUCUCAAAGUACCUGAUAUGUGUUUCAUUUAAAGAUUUAACAAAAGUUUUUUUUUAUCAUCAACUACCCCUGUUUUACCCAGAUAGAAAAAAUAACCUGAAAAGUUACUGUUCAAGUUUAAAAUAAAAGUUUGAUUUAAAGAUCAG